CUCCCUUUCUCCUCCGCGUCCUCCCAUCACCGUCUACUCACCCCAAAGAUCUUAGAAACCAAACAGCCUAGCCUUCUUCAUCACCCCCUCCCCGCCAUUGGCUAAAAGCAUUCCGAUUCCUAACAGUGUCCAGCUCCCCUUCUUUUUCUUCUAACGGAAGGCAGCCUUAGCACUGUCGCCUGGGGAAAAAAUCAAGUUUUUCUAACAACGAUAUCAGCAAACAAGCAAGCCCAUCCCAAACAUGAACGGUGAUUCCUAUUCUUCCCGCGGCGGUGAUCGGCAUGGCUAUGGCCGUGAUUAUCACGGGACGGACCAUCGCCGGGAAAGAGACAGGGACAGAAACGAUCGGGAUCGCGGGGAUAGGGAUAGAGAGCGUGCGGGACGCCGUGACCGUUCUCGUUCCCCACAUCGUGGUAGAUCCCAUAGGGAUGAUUACUUCGAAACUGAUAGAGCUGAUCGCUACAGAGAGCGCGAUCGCGAUACUGAUAGAUAUGCGGGACGCGACCGCGAUUACGAGAGAGAGAGAAGAAGAGGUGGCGGCGGGGACAGACGUGGCGAACGGAAUCCGAGAUAUGAUGAGCCUCGUGGGGGAAGAAGCACAGCAGCGGCAGAUGCUUAUCCCGUUAGGAAACGAUCCGCAACCCCACCAGUCAAGAAGAGAGAACCGACGCCAGAUUUGACUGACGUUACUCCCAUCAACGAGAGGAGGCGCAGAAUGACCAUGUGGGAUAUCAAGCCUCAGGGGUACGAAAACGUCACAGCUGAGCAGGCUAAACUUUCUGGAAUGUUUCCGUUACCCGGUGCUCCUAGGCAGGCACCCAUGGACCCAACCAGGCUUCACGCAUUCAUGACUCAACCUAGUAAUGUAGCAACAGCAUCCACUCUGAAGCCCACCAACUCUCGCCAAGCGAAACGUCUCCUUAUGAGCAACAUUCCUCCUGGCACUGAUGAAGAAUCGUUAUUGCAAUUUUUCAAUCAGACCCUCUCCUCCCUUAAUGUCACAACGGGGGGUCCUGACCCAAUAACAUCAGUACAGCUUUCGGGAAGUAAAAUCUUAGGUCUUCUUGAAUUCAAAAACACCAAUGAUGCCACAGUUUGUUUGGCACUCUCUGGAAUUGAAUUUAACGGGGGUAAUAUUGAGAUCAAGCGGCCAAGGGAUUAUAUCGUUCCUAUUGUACCUGAAGACCACCGCCACCAAGAACCUGGAGUAAUAUCAAGUGACGUUCCUGACACGCCUAACAAGAUAUUGAUUUCGGAAAUACCCGAAUAUUUGCAGGAUGAACAGGUUAUCGAGUUAUUGAAGAGUUUCGGGGAUUUGAAGGCAUUCGUUCUCGUCAAAGAUGUGACUGACGAGACAUCUAAGGGAAUCGCCUUUUGUGAAUACCUUGAUCCUGGAACCACGGAAAUAGCCGUGGAAGGCCUUAACGCUAUGGAAAUUGCCGACAAUACCCUCCGAGUACGACGUGCUUCCAUUGGCAUGAAACAAGCAGCUGGUGUCGAAAUGGGCGUCAACGCAAUGGCCAUGAUGGCUGGCACAACAAGUGUGGAUCUUGAAGCCAGCCGUGUAUUGCAAUUGCUUAAUAUGGUGACCGCUGAUGAGUUGCUCGAUCCCGAAGAAUAUGAUGAAAUAUGCGAAGAUAUCCGUGAUGAAUGUCAAAAAUUUGGAUCGCUUGUUGACAUGAAGGUUCCCCGUCCUAGCGGGGGCAGCAGACAAGCAGCCGGUGUCGGCAAGAUCUUUGUUCGCUUCGAAACUCAGGAAUCUGCGUCUAACGCUCUACGUUCCCUCGCUGGAAGAAAGUUCGCUGAUAGAACUGUUGUCUGUACUUACUUCUCAGAGGAAAAUUACGAAGUCGGAGCCUUUUAGGAUCCCCUUUCCCUCGUAAUGCUAUUUCUGACACCAUAACUUACCCUAGCUCUAAAAUGUAGCUCCGUAGUCAAUCCAGUGGUGCCAUCACUUUUUGACUCUUGUGCUGCCCCGUUCGUUUUUUCUUUUGCAUAGGGCCUUUCGAUUCUCUCAGUUGUAUUUAGGUUGUUUUCCCAGUCACUUGUUGACUCCGGGAGGAUCCUGGUUGUUUUACAUCUUUCUUGAUUAUGUAAUGUUAUUCUUUUUCAUUAAAUUUUUUUCUAACA